GAGAUGAGCGAAACGCUGGGCUCGUUCACUCGCGCGAUGGCAGAUGCUGAAAUCCAGUCGCUGCAUUAUUCAGUUGGUGUGUUAGGAAUCUCGGGUGGCUCUCUGCUGCUUCUGGUGAAUGGAUAUGGCAGCGCGCCGGGAGAAAGUCUCAUCUCCAGCACUGCUCUGGGAGUUCUGCUCCUCAUCAUAUCUUCUCUCCUGGCAUACGCUGGAGUGCGACGCAGCCUCUCCCCUGCUCCUCUCUUCACGUGUUUGUGUCUGACAGUGUCUGCCCUGUGGUGCGCCUCAGGUCUGGUGUACAUCCUGGUGGGGGAGGGCUAUGUGGAUUCCACACAGGGGCUAAGAAAUGCCAUGAUACCUGGCCUCGCAGCGUUCACGUUAGCCUUGCUCAUCCUGGGCGUGGUGGCUGUUUUAGCCAAUGAGGUGGUGCUUUUUAUCAUUGCUUUCACCAUCAGUUUGGCCUGUGCCCAUCAGAUAGCUGGCCUUGCUGAGAUUAGGUUUGGACAGGGUGCAACAGCGGCUAACUACCUCCUUGUGUGCUUCGUCGGCACGUACUUUGGUAGCGGGCGCCUGCUUUCAUUUAUCACGCAUGGUAAAUUGCAGCUUCCUGGUACCGGUCUGACAGACAAGCAUGGCCCGACCCAGAUGCAGGGUCCAGACAGCGGUGACGUGGUAACUGUGGGUCUUGUCAUGAACCUGCUCUCUGCUAGCGUGCUAGCCUGCCCCGUGCUAGGCGUGGUCCCUUCGCUGUCCGUUGGCCUCGUGCCAUGGCUGUGGACGGCCGGCGUGUUCCAACUGGGCGUCUGCCUCCUCUGCUACCGUGGCCUGGAUACUGUCUCCGCCACGUUUUACGGCUUCAUGGCCAUAUUGCGCUUUGCCGAGGGCUACAGUGCCCUGGUGGGGGAUCUGACCAUCAGGCCACCCUAUUCCCCCGUUCCCUUCCCCGCCGUCUUCGCCAUCCUCUUCUUCGUCCUGGCGCUGUUUAGCUUCCAGAGGAGUCUGGUGGACAGUUUCUACCAGCUCUUCUUUGUGGCGUACAGCAUCGCCAUCGCUGCUCAGCCCAGGGGCUUCUUCCAGGGCGGCACGCAAGGCGUGCAGGCAGCCAUCUUUGUAGCAACAGGCCUCAUGCUCCUGGUCACCAUCAACAACAAGGCAUCGCCUUACAAAGUACCCACAGGCGAUGGCUUGCUCAAAGCACUCCUUACUCGCACCGGCGGUCUCGCCCUGAGGUCCCAAGACAAAGACUUCCACGCCCCCUACCUCGGCUACUCCAGAUACGCAGACGCCGAGAUACUGGGCCACGCGUCCAGCGUGCUGGCUGCCUUCGCCAUCACGGCAACCGUGGGCACCGAGGGCCCGCUGGCCGUGCUCAUCCUGCCCUGGGCGGUGGUGUCGGGGGGCCUGCUGCAGCUCCUGUGUGGCUCGGUGGCCUUCGCCCGGGGCAAGACCCUGGAGAGCGCCGCCUUCAUCAUGUACGGCUUCAUGUGGACGGUGUGGGGGCUGACGCGCUUCGGCGGCCUCUACGGCAGCACGCGCGGCUUCAGCGUGGCCGUGGGCCUCAUCAGCUUCAUGCUCUUCAACUGUCUGGUGACGGUGGCGGCGUUGUACCUGAGUGUGGCGUGGUUCGCCUACGCCUUCACCUUCCAGCUCAUCCUCAUCAGCUUCCUGCUGGACGCGGUGGGCGCUCUGCCCUACGGCUACGACAUUGGCGUCACCAUCAUCUUUGGCCUGGUCAGCUUCUACUGCUUCCUAGCCAACAUCUUUAACAGCACCUUCCAGAAGCCACAGAUCCCACUGGGUGCCCCGCUGAUCAAGCUCGGUGGGAAGGGCAGAGACAACUGCCCCCAUCUGCCCUCCAGGAAGGCCACGUCUGUGUUGGAGAUUGCAGAGAUAAUGAAGAAUGGAGGCACGUGUGGAAUGCCAACUGAUACGGUCUAUGUCCUUGUAGCAGCUUGUAAUCGUCCCGAUGCUGUUGAAAAGGCCUACAAGACAAAGCAGCAUGCUGGAGAUCGGCCCAUGUCAUUGUGGGUGUCAUCUCUACAGCAGCUGGAGCCUGUGAGGGAUCAGAUCAACCCUCUGCUCUGGGACCUCAUGGAGGCUGCCUGGCCCUCCUCUAUCAGCUUGGUUAUCCCGCGAGCCCCCUGGAUGGAAUUCUUUGGUCUGAAAGAGUCAUCAAAGUACAUCGGAACGCCAACAAGUAUUGCCAUCAGAAACCCAGACUGCACUGUGGCAACUCAACUCAUAAGCCUGGUCGGACCCAUGGCUGUGACCUCAGCCAACCCUACCGGAGAAGCAGACACCACUCAUCAUAACCAGGUGUAUGCUAAACUGGGAGACAAUGUGGACGGAGUACUUUGUGACGGACCCUCGCCAGAGAACAUAGCCUCCACUGUGGUGGACUGUACCAAGAUCGAGAGUGGCAACAUUGGCUUCUUCAGAGUAGGACUCAUACCAAAGUCAAAGGUGUUGCAGUUGUUUGAGGAAGUGCAAAGGAAGCACACGCAUGGGCAGACGAACCCCGGGUUCGAGACAGACCUCAGCGACUCAGCUGGAAGCGAGAGAGAGGGAGCAGACGAGACGACAGCAGAAGAGACGGCAGCAGAGAUGGACGCCUCGCUGGACACCAACUCUGAAUCAAACGACUCUCUAUAGAGCUCAAACAUGUCACACACAACCAUGAUUUUAUAUUAGCGUCUUGUUGCGGUAACAGUGGCCAAAUAAGGGGUUUCAGCUUUUCUAAUUUCUAGUGCUUUACUUCAUGACACUACAUGACAGAAACAUAUCUGAUCCUAACAGAGGUUGGGAGAAACUUAGGUUUGUCCCUGAUUAAAAAUCCUUGUGUUUUAGUAGUAUAGAAUAUGAAAGCAGGAUGAAGUAUCCAGAAAUAUUCAGUGAAUAAACAAAGUUUAGGAAACGUCAUAUGCAGGACAAGAUAACCUAAAGUGUGAGUAACUAUUCAUUCUGUGUAGCGUGCCAGAUCAAAUAAAAGCCACAUAAGUUUGCCAAACUUCUAAUAUGUAAUGUCAUCUACCAUACUGUCUAUUUGUUAACAUGAUAUAACAUGUUAUAGUGCAAUAUAUUUAUGCUAUUAAAUUAUUUCCAUUGUUGUAGAGCUAUUCUUAUAAUGAAUGCCUAAAAUGCUAUUGAAAGCAAAUGUAUAUACAAGUGCAUACUUUACUGUAAAUAACAUACAAUCAAGAUCAGUCAAGUUUUUGUAAGUUUAAUACCUUGUUUGCAUAAAAAAACUAUAGUAAUGCUA